CUUUCUGUCGGAAGAUAAAAAAUGAGUCGCUUUUCGGUUGCCAUUUUGGCUCCAUGUGAGGUGAGUUCCGGAUGUUUCUUCAGCGUGGAGGUGACCGCACCGGUGAAUAAAACCAGGUGAAAUGGCUUCGUUGCGGGCAAUAAGGAGGAUGUUCUGCACGGCAGCAGACACAGCUGCAGCUCCGGUCACAGGCAGCAGAUGGGAAAAGUUGAAAAACAGCAAGGCGGGUGUGUGGUGUCGCAGCCUGUUCUCUGACUACAAAGACGCAUCCUGGGAGGUGGUUGUUGGUUUAUGGGAGCGUCCGGUCAAAGCGUCUGUAUAUGCCUCACUGCUUGCUGGGACCUGGGCCUGCUUCUACACUAAACCUGACUGCUCGUCCUUUGAAGCCACCCUGCUGGAGUGCUCCAACCAGCUGGGCCUGCUUUCCCCAUGGAUACGCAACGGGACCUCUGACAGCCACAUACAGAGUCUAGUAAAGCUUCGUAACGAGGGUAGGCUCCGUCAUGCCAGCCUGGGUCUUCUCUCUCUGGUGUACUGUGCCGACUACGACCCUGACACCACACUGUAUGAAGCCCAGUGCUCCAAUCUGUCGGUACCCUGGAGGGAGCUCCCUGAGCGGAUGCUAGAUGUGGGCUUCGUUGGCCGCUGGUGGGUGCUGGACUUAAAGAUGAAGGACUGUGAUGUGAACGAGGAAGAGUUCAAGCACCUUCCAGCACACAUGCAGGUGACAUUGCCACCCAGUGUUAGGGAGGUGGAAAGGAAUGAGAGGUUGCACAAAGAGUCCUGGUUAGUACUGACUCUGGGGGAAGAGGGGGAAGAAACAAAUGUUGUGAACAUAAAGGAGGAGAGUGUCAGUGAAGAGAGCCAAAUAGCAACACUGAAAGAGUAACAAGCUGAAGUGCUGUGGAGACAUUUCACACUGCAAGGAAAAAACAUGCUGAAUACAGAACUAUACAAGGGUAGUUAUUCUUUUUUUUUUUUUUUUUU